GUGAAUGUAACACCAUACUCAGUUGGCUUCAGUCCCACUUUAUUGUUUCACAUCUGGUGUGUUUUGACAGGAACAUGGUCACACUGUAGUUUGAUAGACGCCGCCAGGUGCGUCCGACACACCGGAGAGAUGAGUCGCUUUCUGAACGUCCUGCGGAGCUGGCUGGUGAUGGUGUCCGUCAUCGCGAUGGGAAACACGGUGCAGAGUUUCAGAGACCACAGCUUCCUGUCCGAGAAGCUCUACACAGGAACGCCGGAGUUUGUGAACGGUCUCCAAGCUCGAACAUUUGGCAUCUGGACGUUGCUGUCGUCGAUCAUCCGCUGUGCGUGUGCCAUCGACAUCCAGAAUAGAACGUUAUAUCACAUCACCUUAUGGACGUUUGUGCUGGCGUUGGGUCACUUUCUGUCCGAAGCCUUCCUCUACAAAACUGCACCGCUGACCAUCGGAGUCAUGGCACCUCUCAUCGUGGCAAGUUUCUCUGUCAUAGCGAUGCUCAUUGGAUUCCAGUGUUUGCCAGAAACACAGGAGGAAGUCGGAGCUCGACAGAAGAAACGUAACUGAAUCCCAGCAGUUCCCCUCGUAGACUGAAUCCACCACCUUCAGAUCCUCGUGGACCGAUCCUCGUGUGCUGCUUCUUGCCUUGAAGAAAAGGCAAUCCCUUAUUUUGUACCGUGACAUUUUAAAUUACACGAUGAAGUCUUCAUUUUACAGUUGGCUGUGCGAUCAGAAUGGUUUUACACAACAGAGGGUAACGUGUGCUGGUUUUGUUGUCGAAUUAGCGACACAUGUGGGCUUCCUUUUCUUCAUUUUGCAGCAUCUUAACAGCCAGAAAUUCUUUUUUUUAGCCUGAGUGUGGCGUUGCUAAAUGAAAUGACAACAAUCCAGAGUUCCUUUUUUUUCAGGAUGCUGUUUGUUUUAUUUCACCAGACUUCUACUUUCCAGAAUCCAGAUUUUUACCAAAGAACACUUCAUGACUACACAGUAAAAAAACAAACGACGCCCUUCAUUAUAAACCAUCACAAACAUGUGUCGCAGCAGUUAGUCUUGAUGUUUGCUGGAGGGAAUUUAUGCACGUUGUUCAUAUGAAGCCUUUUUAAAGAUAAUGUUUUCUAUCAAAGUAAUGAGAGUGUGGUAUGUAUUUUUAAAAUCCAUCAAUGAAAACAUGUUUGAGGUGUGAAGACGUCUGUUUCCAAGGGUGUAAUUGUGUUUUUGCAUUUUUGGUAAAACCUUUAAUUCCCUA